CUUGGGUGCUUGCUCGUGCCAACCCCGCGGAACCUGGAAUAUAAACUGGUCUGUGACCGUCACGCGCAGUGCACCCGCCUCACUUCUGAGUGGACCACACUACAGCCGUUUUUCUGAGUCAGAAUCAGAUGACAGAGGAGAUCAGCGAGAGGACGACAUGUUUCAGAAUUAUGAUGAAGUCAGAGAAGCCACAAAGUUCAGGAGCAGGACACACAAAAGGAAAGCUGUUGUUGUAACACGUAAACACGGUGUAUGCCUGUAAUGUAAUACUUCAGCUGUGACCUUAAUUUUUUUUUUUUUUUUUUCAGAGUAUCACAGACAUAGUCAUACUGCUAACUCAACUCAACUUUAUUUAUAUAGUGCUUUUUACAAUUUUCAUUGUUACAAAGCAGCUGUACAUGAGACACAUUGAAUACAAGAAAAACAACUAAAGGCAUAUACCUGUAAAACAAGAAACAGGUGAAAACAACAAAAGACAGACAUACAAAUGCUCACCACACACAAUAUGCAAACAUACUUACACACAUUGACAUAGACGCACACACGCAAACACACUCGCACACACGCACACACGCACAGUGAAAGCACACAUAGGAGAGAGAACCACAGGUCAAAUAUUAAACAGACUAUAAAUUCUUAUAUGCAAUUUUAAUUAUGUUUAACUUCUAAAUUCUAAAGCAGCCCCCCCGGCGCAGGCAAAUAGUGUAAAACAAUAUGCAAACGGUGGUGAGGAACCCAAAACUCCAAUCGAGAAAAAAAACCUCAGGAGAACCCAGGCCCAACCAGGGGAUUCCAAUUCCCCUCUGGCAAAAGCUGCUGCCUCUGCACAAGCUCAACAGUGCUUGCACAACAAUGCUAAAUAAAAAUUAAAAUAAAUAUUAUUUUGUUAUGUAUAGAUUUAUAGAUGGUAAAUUAUAGAUUAUCAUUAACAAUCUAAUAGCAUUUGAAGUGUUGUAGACGACAAGAGAUAUGAGAAAUGGUUAAAGGGAUAGUUCACCCAAAAAUGAAAAUUCAGUCAUCAUUUACGCAUGCUCAGUCACUAUUUAGCCCAUUGGUUCUCAAUCUAAUUUGUCCAAACGGGUCUCGGUUCAGUGUACUGCUGCAUCGAAAGCUGUUGCAACCGGUUCCUAACUCGAGAACGAGAACCUCUCUAGCACAAACGUAAACAGAACUGGAGAUCGGUGCACAUACAGUGAUAGUGCAGUAAUAAAGUCCUAAACAUAUUACCAAUGUGCUUUAUAGUAUCACAUAUCUGAUUUUUGUGGAAAUAUCUGACUUAAGGCUUUUUAUUCGCUUUAGAAAUGACAUGCAUGCGGAGUAUCAUCGGUUCUCAAUCAAACUCUCCGUUCAGUGUAUACAGCUCAGUAUCAGCUGCUCGUGCUCAUUAGUUUCCUCUUCACCCACUUCAGUUCAGUCCUGUGACUAACUGAAUAAUAAAAUGGUUUAUUUCGAGUCAGAGGGUCUGUCAGACAUGCCAGAAAAUGAGUAAUUCAAGUAAUUUGUGAUUAAGUGCUUAGUUGAGACUCAAACUGUUUGGAACGGUUCAGUCCGAUUUGGUGAACCGGAUCGACCAGCCAUCACUAGUUCCAGCCAUAGUUGGAAAAAGUAAAUGGUUUGUGUUAAUAUAUCCUUCUAAAAAUCUCCCUUAGUGUUCAACAGAACAAAAAAUAUACAAUAUUUUUUUCCAGCUAUGAUAGUGGAAAUUGCUCACAUUCUUACAAAUAUCUUUCUUUGUGUUUAACAGAACAAUAUCAUUUAAAUACAGUUUUAAACAACCUGAUGGUGAUAAUGAUAACAGAGCAUUUCAUUUUAGGGUGAACUAUCCUUUUAAGAGGGAUGACAUGAGAAGAACAUGGACAUCUUUUGAAACAGUAGACGACAUUUUUACUGUGUAUCGGAUAAUUUCAUGAAGACCAUUAAUUUUAAUCAUUUUAAAAUUAAAAUAUUUUACUUUACAAAACUCUGAAUAAAACCUUAUUUAAAUAUAAAGCAUUUGUUUGAAGUAUUUAAUAGUUAGCAUUUAACCUGACAGUUUCUCUGUAUCAGUUAUUAUAUACAACAAUAAUGGAUCACAUUAUGAUAAUAGAAUAUCUUUAUUGUCAUGUCAUAGCUGCACACAACAAAUCUUUAGCUACACACAAAGACGUACACACUAAGAACAAAGAUAUGGAUGACUGCACAAGCACAUAAUACACAUCACGUACAGAAACAAAUCUGUACAGUAUAGAAAUGUCUUUAAUUACGUUAUUUUGAUUUACAUUACAAUCUGUACAAAAAAAAUAAAUUAAAGUAUCCACAGUGUUCCGUUUAUUUAUUAGCAUUAGCUCAUUCAUUUAGUUUUGAUUGAAAAACAAUUUAGCAAUAACCACCUGCCUCAAUAGAUAAAAUUGUUGUUGAGGAAAGGUGUGUGCAUGUUUAUUUACUGAAAAAGAUGCGUCUAGACUCCUGCAGGGGGUUAGGAUUAUAAAUACCAAAGGUUAGAUAGUGGAACAAUGAUUCUCAGUAUGAAAAUGUUCUUGCCGUUGUUGCAACAUUGAGGAACUCAGUUAACUGGUUUAAAUGAACCCAGAAUACUGUCUGCCCUUUAGUGAAUUUAUGUUAUUUUUGUUUAAGUUUUAAAGUGCUUGAAUGUUUUCUUUUCUGACACCUUUCCUGUUUAACUUUUGACUUAAUAAUUAUAUUACUUAUGUGGCUUCCUUUGUACCUUUAUGUAGCAGCAUGAAUCCUAAUUUUAAAGUCUUCUUUUUUGUAUAAGCAACGUAAGGCCCAAAUACAAUUUUUGCCAAAUCAAAUGCCCUGAAUUCUGCCGCGUGAUUAUUACAGUCAGUAACAAAGGGUGAUUGAUAAAAGGUAAUUUCAAAUUAAAUUUGCAAGAUAUUUAAUACCAUUCAACACACGUUGUUUAAUCACUAAAAUAAUUACUUUUAUUAUCUGAUUUCCAUUCAUUUUUUGGAAUAAGGUUAAUGUUUUGUGACAUUGGUUAAACUGGGAAAGCAUCAAUACUGUAAUACUUUACUUGUCCACUGGGAGGCAAACACGUGACGUUAAUAAAGCUGUUUUAACAUUGUACAUGCGCCCGUUCAGUGCGUUCUACCGUUUCUGUGUUACGUUUCUGAGUUUCUUUUGCAUUCUCAUUUUAUCAUGUGUGAUAACAACAGUUUAUUUGUGUAAUACUGGGGGAAUUAAAUCCGUGUUUCUGAUUGGAGAAGCACUACCUCAUUAUAAUAUCAACUCCUCCUCCAGACUUUAUUGAAGAAGGUUUUGCUGUUUUAAACAAACAUAGAGCUCACAAAUGCUCAUAAGAAAGAUCGAAUCCUGGUGAAAUGUUACAUAUGGACCAUUUGAGAUGAAAAUAACAACUAUGACAUCAGUUUACCGCCAUUCUAUGUGCUGUCUCAAAGCAUGUGGGGUUUACUUCAAACCCAUUGUAGGUAUCGCUUCUCGGCCUUUUGGCUAAGAUCAAGUGUAGUAUCUGUUCUUAUCAGUUUAAUAUCUGAUACGUCCCCUACCCGGGGACCAUAUAUUAAAUUGAUUUUUGGAACCGGGAGAUGGAAUAGGGGCUUGCUCCGACCACUCCACGCAUCGACCCGGUAUUGCAGUACUUCCGGGAACGGUGCACCCCCCUCUUAUGGUCAAAAGAAGAAUCAUAGUCUAUGAUACAGCCAACGCAACAAUGUGUCAUAUAUCUUGUAAUCUUUAAUAUUUGUAAUGUAUUUAAUUGAAUAGAAUCGAAACAUAUUCUUUACCAUUUAAUAACAAAUUUUCAUAAUAAUGAGAUUGAUCGUGUAAACGCAGCUACGAUAUUAUCAAACAUGUAACUUUUUGCUCAUUGGUCAUUUGAUGAAAGUGAUCGAUUUUAACAACAAUAUCACAGUGGGAUCAGUACGUGCAGAGUCCAACUCAGCGGCUCGAGAUCAUGAAGUCCCGCCUUCCACUAAACGAGCCAAUCGCUAAAGAGCAACGAUUCAGUGAAUGAGGCGCUCGUCAGUGUUUUCGCAUGCGCAGUAGGAAUAUCAUAUGGCUAAUUUUUUAAAAGCAUUUUAGUUUAAGCAACACAGUUUAUGGUCCAGUUAAUGUCACUUAUAAUUGUUGGUUGGUCUUAUACGUUUGAAAUAGCAGCCUGGAUGUGGCGGGCUAAUGUCUUUGUUGAGUUGUAAUUUUAGAUGUUAUAAAUUUCCCAUCAAGCUACCAAUUGUUCAUAAGCAAGCACUGGAUUCAUGAAAAUUGUCUUUUAAGAAUAACUUUACACCUCAUAACUGCAUUGUGUGGAACAAUCGACAUGUGUUAUAUAAAAGGACCAUAUUUAACACACAAUGUGUUGAAAAAAUAUUAUUUUUAUUUCACAAUUUAUGGAAAACAAUGAAAACCUAAUUAGUUUGUUUAAAAUAACCGAAUUAAUAUUACUUGUAUAGAAUAUUUGAGGGUAAUUAAAAAAAAUCUCCUAAACUUUUACACCGUAUCAAGUCAUCUCUACACUAUUCUAGGUUAAUGGAAGACAUUCCUUGUUUAAUGAUAGGUGGGGUUGACUUGAUAAAUAAUGCAAUAAUUGGCUUAUCAGAAAAACAUUAAUUAGUACAAUAAGUAAUCCCUGAAAGCAAUGGUUCUAUGAAAACAAAUGGGCUGUUUAUAAUCAUUUUUGUAAUUCCUAACAAAGCCAAACAACUGAACAUAAAAACCAUUACCCUUCUAAAUAAUUAUUGUCAAAGUAUAUAGAUAUUCAACCAGAUAAGUGUUUUUGUGAUGAUGAAGAUGAAUCGGUGGUUCACUUGUUUUUUAGAUGUACAGUAACGAGGUUAUUUUUAAUUGAGCUUUCAUUAUUGAUUUUUAAUUUGCUUAAUAAUUUGAUUUAUAUUAAAGACAUCCUGUGUUUAUUUUCAAACACUGGCUUCACUACAUUGGACAAUGCUAUCAGAAUCCUGUGCUUGCUUGGAAAAAGUUAUAUACAUAAAUGUAAAGUUAUAGAUUCUAAUGCUAAUGUUAUUGUUUUUUGCUCGGAGUUAAAACGUUUUGUCGAAACCCUUUAUAAAUUGAAGAAAAACUAAAAUAGUGUUAAAACACAUAACAUAUUAGAUGUGCUUGUUAGAUCACAGUGAACAGAAAUAAAACGUUUAAUUGAUUCCUUUCUACCCCCUUACAAUUUUUAUUUCCAUUAUUAUUUUUCAUUCAGAUUUAUGAUUUACGGUUUGUAAAUGUAUUGAUAUAUAUAAAAUUGAAACGCAUCCCUUGUACUAUUUUAUAAAAAUGUAUAAUUUAAAAAGAAGAUAGUGUCCCGGAAGUGACGCAAAUAUGGCCGCAAGUGGGGAGGUUCGAAAGUACUUUGGUUAAAUAUUCAGUGCUUCAAUGAAACUUACAAAUCACAUAUCGCGUAUAAAUAACAUUGAAACUUUUUAUUUAAGGUGUUCUCUAGAUUGUACAAUAACUCUCGUGUGAUAGUCUUAAAGUGCGCUCAAGAUAUCUCGGAUUUGGGAUUUUCCACUAAAAACACGGAAGUAACGUCUGGAUUUAGAAAUGUUAAAAUAAAACGUAUAAACAUUAAUCAACAUUAAAAGAGCGUCGAUCCGAAAAUGAUGGUUUCAGGUUGGCUUCCUAGGAGUCUUAAACGCAACGUUCGCUCUAGUUUUGGUACCGCCCACUUGUCUACGUUGACAACGUUUAAGCCAAUCAAUUGGGCGAACGUUCCUUCCCUAAUUAAUAAUCAUGAGCGAGUCCUUCACUGUAGUAGGAUUGGUAGCUCGUCUAGCCGGAUGGGGCGUAGUGCUACUGUAUCCUCUGGGAUGCUUCAUCGUCGGAUAUAUUAAUACCUUACGCUCUUAAAUUAAUGCAAUGAACGCGUUAGCAAUAAUUUCGUCUUUCGUCAAUUGCAGAUAGUUUGUAAUUGACGUUUUAAAUCCAGAAUCCCUGUGAAGCAUUGUCAUCUGUCCCCUGCGCUCUCGGGAUCACCUCCGGACAUCAGUGGCUUUAUUAUCAUCGGUUCAUCGAAAUGAAAGUGACGGUGGAUUUUGAAGAAUGUCUCAAGGAUUCGCCGCGGUUCCGGGCCACGGUAGAAGAGGUGGAAGGAGACGUUGGAGAACUGGAGUCAAAACUUGACAAGCUGGUGAAGUUGUGUAUAGGGAUGAUAGAUGCUGGACGGGUCUAUAAUCAGGCCAACAAGCAGUUUGUGAAUGGAAUCAGAGAACUGGCCCUGCAGUCCACCAGAGAUGAGGUCAUCGGGAUUUUGUUCGAUCAAGCCCAGAGAUCCAUCAAGUCUCAGCUUCAGGCUUUCGUGAAGGAAGACUUGAAGAAGUUUAAAGACGCCAAGAAGCAUUUUGAUAAAGUGAGCGAGGAGAAGGAAGUGGCUCUUGUGAAAAACUCUCAGGUGCCUCGUAACAAACAGCACGAGGUGGAGGAGGCCACCAACAUCCUGACCACCACACGCAAGUGCUUCCGUCACAUCGCCCUCGACUAUGUGCUGCAGAUUAACGUGCUUCAGUCUAAAAGAAGAUUGGAAAUCCUCAAAUCGAUGUUGUCCUAUAUGAACUCAAACUUCACGUUUUUCCAUCAAGGAUACGAUUUGUUCAGUCAACUUCAGCCUUUAAUGAAGCAGCUCGGCGGUCAGUUGGAUCAGCUGGUGGUUGAUUCAGCAAAGGAAAAGCGAGACAUGGAGCAGAAACACUCAACUAUCCAACAGAAGGCUGCUUUGCAGGAUUUCUCGACAGAUGACACAAAACUAGAGUAUAAUGUGGAUACAGAAAAUGGAAUAGCUAUGGAGGGAUAUCUCUUUAAAAGAGCAAGCAACGCCUUUAAAUCCUGGAACAGGCGCUGGUUCUCCAUUCAGAACAGUCAGCUGGUUUAUCAGAAGAAGUUUAGGGAUAACCCCACUGUAGUGGUGGAAGAUCUGAGACUGUGCACGGUCAAACACUAUGAGGACAUAGAGCGACGCUUCUGUUUUGAAGUCGUGUCCCCUUCCAAGAGCUGGAUGAUGCAGGCGGACUCGGAGAAGCUGCGGCAGGCGUGGAUCAAAGCCGUACAGAACAGCAUCGCCACGGCCUACAGAGAGAACGGAGAGGAAGAUACUGUUAGUCUAGACAGGAACUCGUCUGCGUCUCUGGGCAGUCUGGACUCGGGCUGUGAGUCGGUGAAGCCGGUUAAGGGCGAGAGCGCUCUACAGAGGGUGCAGGCCAUCCCUGGAAAUGAGUUCUGCUGUGACUGUGGACAGUCUGAUCCACGCUGGGCCAGCAUCAACCUCGGCAUCACGCUCUGUAUCGAGUGCUCUGGCAUUCACAGGAGUUUAGGAGUUCACAACUCAAAGGUGCGAUCCCUCACGCUGGAUUCAUGGGAGCCAGAGCUCCUUAAGUUAAUGUGCGAGCUGGGUAAUGGUGUCGUCAAUCACAUCUAUGAAGCUCGGAGAGAAGAGAUGGUCGCCAGGAAACCUCAGCCUGGAGAUUCCAGACAGGAGAUCGAAGCCUUCAUCCGAGCUAAAUACAUAGAGAGGAGGUUUGUCGUGAAACCGACAGCUCAGGAGCAGAAGGAAAAGAUCAUGGCGUUGAGGAAACAUGACAAGCGUGUGAAGGGGAACAUGGAGUUUCUGCCCCCGCGGCCGCCCCCUCCAACACCUAAACUCCGCACUACCUCCAGUACCUCAGCUUCCCUCAGUGGUCAUGAGGUGCGGCGCGACUCACUUUUCUGCCCCGAUGAGCUUGACUCUCUCUUUUCUUACUUCGACACGUCCUCAAAGCUGCGGAGCCUGAGGAGUGCAGACAGUGGUAUUCAGAACAGUGCAGAUGGGAGCAGAGAGAUGUUGGCCUCCAGCCCGUCCAGCAAUAGCCUGAGUGAAGCAGCCCAGGAGCCCCAGGAGAGUGAUUCACCCGUGUCUGUGAAUCAGAUGGACGGUCCUCCUGUGUUCUCUGAGUUGACCGAUUUCUCCGCUGGUCCUCUCCUGUACUGGGCGUCCUGCGCCGGCAGUCUGACAGACAUGGUGGAGGCGCUGGCUCACGGAGCCGAUGUCAACUGGGUCAAUGGUGAAGACAGUAAUCGGACUCCGCUCAUACAGGCCGUACAGGGGGGUUCACUGAUCACCUGUGAGUUUCUGCUACAAAACGCUGCCAACGUGGACCAGCAGGACAUUCGUGGCAGAGGACCUCUGCAUCACGCCACCAUACUCGCUCACACGGGUCAAGUUUGUCUGUUUCUAAAGCGAGGGGGCAAGCAGAACACCGUGGACGUUGACGGCAGAAGUCCACUAUCCAUCGCCGUAGAGGCUGCCAACGCAGACAUCGUCACACUGUUACGAUUGGCGAAGAUGAACGAAGAGAUGAAAGGUACAGAGGGAGCGUUUGGCCAGUCGGGUCAAUACUCUCAUUCACAGAGUCACACCGAGCAGCAGUAUAAAAAAUGCAUUCAAGAAUUUAUCACUUCACAACUACAGGAGUCGUAAAGCUCGACACGCCGUCAGAAUGGGAAUCUUCACAUGAGGGUAUAACUACAGUUACACAUUUACACCGAACGCCACCGCUGUGCUGCACACAGAUCUUCCUGUUGGAUAUUUAACGUCAUCCUUUAGUUGUUUUAAAGUGUCUGAAUCGUAUGUUUUGUUUUUGAACCCAAGUGACAUCACUCGCCAGCAGUCACCAGACAGCACAAAUACUUGUAUUAAUAUGCUUUUUUUUGGUACGUUUUCAGAUUUUGGAGCUGUGUUGUAUGAUGUGUUGAAUUUUUUUAACAUUUCUGAUCGCACUGGUGCUCGUUUAAAACCAAAUACUUGGUCUAUUGUAUUUCCAAAUCAAAUCAAGUAGCCUAAAAUUGAAAAGUAAAUCGUUUUAACAUCAGGAUGGUGCUUGUUUGUUCCUGAGCUUGUUCAAAUGUUUCGCUCGACGUCAGUAUUUUCUAAUAAUCCGUUAUCAUUGAAAUAGAUACCUUGAAAAUUGUAUAUAAUAUUGUAUUGAAAUCCAUAUAUGACUAAAGCAAUAAGCCCCGCAAAGCAGUUGGUUAUUCUGCAGUUUAUAACGUGUCCAAACGCCCUUAGCUGUUAUAAAAUGCACUGUAACCCACUGCAUUGCGAGGCUUAUUGCUUUUAUAAAACUGUUAUUCCACAUGCGUAGCAAGGUUUCAUAAAAUAAAGUAAAUUAAGUGAUAUUGAGGCCAUCUGAUGCGGUCAGCAGUUAGAAAUCAGGGUAUUUUAUAACGGCUUUGGACUCGGCUCAGCCAAUCAGAAUCAAGGACCAGAACUGACCGUUUCAUAAUCGCCAUGUUUACGUCCUCGUGGAAUUUGGUCAUAUUAACCCAACCAAGGCCGUAAUAAAGCUAUAAGAAGUCCAAACAAUUCUAAGACGUGUCAAGAAUAUUAAUACUGUAUCUGCGAACAUUAAGAAAAAUCGAAGCGUUCUUAAUAAGUUGGUCAGACUUCUGUGUGACAUGAGGAUUCAUUCAAUGAAGUCUGCUAAGAAUUACUAAAUAUUAUUCUCCAUUUAUUCUGAAUACGAUGAUAAAGUGUGUGCAGGAAUACGAAUCUCAAUCUGAAAAAUAAUGUGCGUGUAAAUGUGGUCAGUGAUUGAGUCUAAUUGUGUUAUGAUUUAGCAUUGAUGUGCGGCGAUACUGUACCUAUUUUUCAAGUUUAUAUGAAUGGAACGCUACACCUUGUAUAGAUGUUUUCAAAGCGGCAUAAUUAAACGUUACUGCGCACGUGCAUGCAUGGACCGCCCGUAACUUCCGGUACACAUUUACAAACAAUAAAGCGCCUGUAGCAACAAGCCAUAAGAAACAGCGAGGAAGCGUUACUUGGCUAAACUUGCCGGUCUUACAGUUUGAAUUUAGACUGCGAUACCAAGCUGGACCGCUAGAUAUCAGUGUUCCUUUAAAUGUGAAAAAACUACAGGACCCAUUCGACAAAUUGUUUAUUUGAUACAAUUAUUAUACAAUAAAAUAACCAUACAAAUUAAUAUUAACAUAAAUAAAAUCUAAAUAGUUAUGUUAUUAGACACUAGCCAAACACAAACCGGAAGUUAAUUGCAGUCCAGGCGCGCACGUCCGAUGAAACGGUCUUUAAGGACUCAUCUCUGGAUUUGUUUAGCAUGGUGGCCUUUGCACAGUCAUUGCGUGUAAAUUCAGUGAAAUGGAAAUGUGUCUUGGAAACCCCGGUUUGAAAAGUUUGGUGUCAAAGCUAAUGCCAUCUUAUAUACAUUUUAAGAGAAAAUACAAGUUGAGACAAACACUUCUUUCACCGGUUCAGAUAAUCUUAAUCACAUAUUGUGCAAAGGUCGUUUAAAGGGAUAGUUCACCCAAACAUUACUUUACUUGUUCUAAACCUGCAUAAAUGUCUUUGUUUGGUGAACACAGAGAAAGAUGUUUGGACGAAUGCUUCAACAGAUCUCGACACCCAUUGACUCCAAUAGUAGGAAAAAUGACGAUGGUAGUCGAAAGUGUGCCAUAGGUGGUUGCUUGCCUACAUUUUUUAAAAUAUCUUCUUUUGUGUACAAAAAGAGUAAAAAAAUGAUAAAGUUAUUUUUCCUACUAUGGGAGUCAAUGGGGUCCAAGAUCUGUUUGGUUACAAGCAUUCUUCCAAAUAUCUUUCUCUGUGUUAAUCAGAACCAAGAAGUUUAUACAGACUUGGUACAACUGGAAAGUGAUUAAACCAUGACGACAUUUUCAUAUUUGGGUGAACUGUUUCUUUAAAAAGCAGAUUUUUUGUCUUACAAAGAAACUCUUCCAUCUUAUCAUCAGUCAAAAAAUGAUACGUUUGUAAAGUUCAUGUUUAGUCAUCAGGGACUCUGGGAUGUCCGUCUUCAAUCAUUGGUUCAUUAUUGUAACUUGCAUGUGCUCGUGAAAUGAUACGUGUUGUUCGCAUAUAUAAGGGCGACCUCUGGCCAGGUGCUAAUCUGAAUUCAUGCUACUAUAAUGAUUCCCUGUAAAUAUUACAUCAUCACGAGUCAUCAUAUAACCUGAUGUAAAUACAUUAUAUGAAGCACAUUUACCGGACCAGUUAAGUGAAAACCAGCAUAGUGAAAACUUUUGGAUUUUAACGUCAUUCUUAAAUCAUUUUAAUAUUGCAGCGUAAUACUUAUGAUGCGUUUGUCUGGGCUAACCAAUCCAAAGCUAAAGAUUUGAGAAAGGUUUUGAAUUUGAGCUCGUAGUUACAAUGUCAACAACCAGGACUGUUCAUGGUACUUUGGAGUUGAAUGUUUUGUAUCAUGAAGCCUAUAGAGCUUGUUAAUCGACGUCACGCCAUGUUUAAUGUUGCGCCAUCUUUGGAGGAUGGCUGCUAGGGCGUUCAAUGCUUUUCUUGUUUGAUGAGGAAAUAUAACUAUGGUAGGUCGGUAGUGCUGUGUUAAAAACUGCAAUAGCAUUACGCAGAGUCGUUCAGGAAAAGCCCUUGGUAAUCUCACUUUCGAUUUCUCCGUAUAUCAAACAAAACAAGAAACGGUACAUAUCAAAACAAUCGCAGCAGUUGAGUAUGAUCCUCCCAAGAUGGCGGCGUCACUGCAACAUAGGGCGUGACGUCAGCUUCCAAUUCUCUAUAAAGAUCAGUGGGAUGUCUGUGCUGACAGAGGAGCAGAGCUUCUUCUGAGGACGCUUGACGCUUGUGUCUGAAUGCAGUAGUGUGAAAGCACACUUGAAGGUGACUAUGUUUGGAAUAGCAUACUGUGAAUACUUAUUCUGUAUGUAUACUUUCUGUAUGCUUGAAAUUUCUGGAUGUCUUACACGAUGCAACACGCUUGACCUACUGAUGGCAAAAUGAUGUUAAAUUAUGCACACAACCGUUUCACAUACUAUCUCGUCUUAAAGUCGUAUGCAGCGUAAGUAAAUCUCGUAUUCUAUUCCAAGCACAGCCGAGCAUAGCAAUACACUGUAAUCUCUCCAUAUGUUACACUGUGACUGUAUGAACAACGUGCCGUUAUCUUGUAUUUUACUCUUUGUGUCUCCAUCCCUGUUAUUAUCCGUUUCGUGCGACGGUUUUGCGUUAAUCACUUCAUACUUCAUCCAGCGGACCGCACACCGUCGAAGUGAAAUAUAUUUUGUUCAAGGUCUGCUUUUCUCUUCGUUUCUUAUGUAAAAGUAGUUUAAGAGAGUCUGGAGUGAAGCUUCAGUGAGAAAAGGGCUUGAUGAAUGACCGGAGUCUGCAAACUCCUAUUUCUGAUGAUUGUCUGUAUUGGAUCAACGUGUAUAGAACGGGACCAGCCGUAUUAGAGACCUGAACCAUUUGUAGAUCCAUUAUGGCGUAGUAUAAACCACGUGGAUGUACAGUGUGUUUGUUAUAUCUCCACUGGACCAGAAGGGGGUCUUACAGAAGAGACCUCACGCAUGGCGCUGCUGUAUCGCUCCUACACUUUCACUCUGGAGAUUGUGCCUUUUUCUGUUCUUUCAUUUUUUUGUCAAUCUGCACUUUAACUAAUAAAUCUGUUUGUUGGCAAACUUCA